AUGUCACAUGUGCUGCUAAUGACAGUGAGGGGGUCUGUGUAUGAGCCAGAAGACCUGAGACUUGUUGGGGGACGAUCUAGGUGUGAGGGGAGAGUGGAGGUGAAGUACAAUGGAACAUGGGGUACAGUGUGUGAUUAUGGGUUUAACAAUAAGGCAGCUGAUGUGGUUUGCAGACUGCUGAGCUGUAACAACUUACAUGGACAGAAUGUGGUGAAGGAUAGCCCAUAUUUUGGAGCUGGAUCAGGUAACAUCUGGCUUGUUUUUGUGGCAUGUGGAGGAAAUGAACCAGCCCUAUGGAAAUGCCGGCAUGACCUUUAUGGAGAACGUUACUGUAAUCAUGUAGAAUCUGUACCAGGGGAAGUUAAUUUUGACCUUGACAUAAGUGUCCCUCCAGUACAAUGUGCACCACGCAAUGUGCCAGUGGCCAUAGAACAGGCAGUUAAGGCGCAGCUUGACCAGUAUGAGGCUGAUGGGCAUUUAGCAACUGUGAUUGAACCAACUGAUUGGAUAAACCAACGAUUGCUUCAGAUAAGAAAGCACACAGAAAUUGAUGAGAGUUUGCAAGCACUUAAGUAUGUUGUUCUGAAUGGUUGGCCAGAUUCAAAGGCAGAGGUGCCAUUAAUUGUAAGAGAAUAUUGGACUUUCCGAGAAGAAAUCGGCAUUCAGGAUGGUGUACUUCUGCCACGCAGCUGGACAUCUAAUCUCAACAUGCUAACAACCACUCAGUUUCUGGAAGCGCUGCACAGCAUGUUGAGAGAUCACCAUGCCGCACUUGAAGAUGCGCUGUGCAGAAACAUUCGGCCAGUGGACACCUAUAUCCCUAGCCCAGCCAUACAGCUCUGCUUUCAGGAGUGGGUUGCAGCGGAUGCAGAAGUUGCUGCGGUAGACGGAGCCCCGCUGGGAAAGAAUCUAUUGCGCACCAUAGAGAUCACUGCCUCAGCGACUCAGCCGGCUCUCGCAUAUAGCUUAACAGAGGCGCAUACAGCCUCACAAGAUCUCAUAGAACCAAAACUGAUAAAGGGAACUAGCGGCUGUUCCGGAAUUCUUGAAAUGAAAUAUGGUGAAAAUGUGGGUUUUGCCUGUGACUCGGAUGUUGACACAAAGGCAGCCAUGGUUAUCUGCAGGGAGCUUGGAUGUGGACCUUUUGUUGCAAUACGAUCAGGUCCCUAUAUCACACAAACAAAACAAAUCUGGCCAGGGGAAAUUAAGUGCAUCGGGAAUGAGACUAGUAUGUUGCAUUGUCAGACAAAUAAGAAAGAAAAGGAAAAUUGCAGUAACCAGAAGCAUCCAUACAUCCACUGCCUAGGUACAUUUAGCGGCUUCAGAAUUAUAAACGGCACCCAGCGCUGCUCAGGGAGAGUGGAGCUGCUGCACUCCGGACAAUGGGGGACACUCUGCAGCUCACACUGGGAUUUACCAGCUGCUCACGUCCUAUGCAGACAGUUACACUGUGGAAUUGCUCUCUCAGUACCAGCUGGAGGGUAUUUUGGGAAAGGGAACGGCUCUGUUUGGACUGAUCAGUUUCACUGUAAAGGCAGUGAGUCACAGCUAGGAGAGUGCUCAUUUACUGCCCUUGGUAACAGCAAAUGUACAGCAGAUGAUACAGCAGGUGUGAUAUGUACCGGGAAGGAGCAGACUGUGCGCUUGGUGGAUGGGGAAAGUCACUGCGAAGGGCGAGUGGAACUUCUGCUGAAUGGCACCUGGGCCCGGGUUCUGGGUGAUACUUGGAGCAUUACAGAAGCUGAAGUUGUGUGCAGAGAGCUGCACUGUGGAGCGGCCACUGAUGCACUACAAAUGGCAGCACAGACACCAGACAAUGUGACAUGGGGCAGAGUCAAGUGUGAAGGGAAUGAAACCCAAUUAAAAGACUGUGCACUUGCUCCCUACAUGAGCGCAGCAGCUGAAACCAACCAGAAGUCACAUGCCAGAGUCAUCUGCUCAGCCAGCAAAAAAUUACGCUUGGCUGAUGGAAGAGGUCGUUGUGCCGGCAGAGUGGAAGUUUAUCACCAGGGAGAGUGGGGGACGGUCUGUGAUGAUUCCUGGAGUCUAGAAGAUGCUGAUGUGGUUUGCAGACAACUAAACUGUGGUUAUGCCAUUAAUGCCACAAUCAUGGCUCAUCAUGGGAGAGGAACAGGGAAGAUCUGGUUGGAUGAAGUACAAUGUGUAGGGAAUGAGACAGCUCUGUGGGAAUGUCCGAACCUACUGUGGGGUCAACACAACUGUGGCCAUAAGGAAGAUGCAGGAGUCGUAUGUUCAGAGUUCACAGAUCUGCGUUUCUCUGGGGGAUCACAUGGCUGUGAAGGGAACCUGGAAAUCUUCUAUAAUGGAAGCUGGGGAUACGCGUGCAAUGACUUCAUAUUCCCAGAUGAUGUCACAGUCUCAGUUAUUUGUAGGUAUCUGCAAUGUAAACCCACUGGAAGUCUACAACCAAUUUACAGAUAUAAAGCAAGAUCUGCAAGUUCUCCAUACUGGAUAAAUCAUAUUGCAUGCCGAAAAAGCGAUAAACUUCCCUCGCACUGCCCAUCGUCACCCUGGGACCCUGGCUCCUGCGAUAGCUUCGGUGUGGCUAAAAUUAAGUGUGUUUUUGUAGCAUGGCUUAAUUUGGCUACUGUAUCAUUUGAAAAUACAGUUUUGGAUGACCUUUAUACUUAUUUUCCUUUCUUUUGUACUUCUCGGAUAUUCUUUCCUUUUUCUACAUCAAUUCCAGCUGUGAAAAAAAGUAACCCUCCGAGGAACUGUCCAACAUCAGAGAACUGUACAGACUCUCACAGGGUUCGUCUCAUUGGUGGACAGGACGAAUGCUCUGGCAGAGUAGAGGUUUUUUUCCAGGGGCUCUGGGGAACAGUCUGUGAUGACUCUUGGGAUAUUAUGGAUGCAGAAGUCGUAUGUCGUCAGCUCGGCUGUGGCUCUGCUCAUUCAGCUGUUGGAGAAGCUGUAUUUGGAAAUGGAACAGGACCAAUUUGGCUGGAUGAGGUGAACUGUAAAGGCUAUGAGAGAGUUCUGCAAGACUGUUACUCUCAGCGAUGGAAUAACAGUGACUGUAAUCAUAAGGAAGAUGCUGGUGUCACAUGCACUGGUGCAACAACAACAACAACAGCAGUUAAAGCAACUACUUUAGCACCAAGUAUAGAGCGAGCUAUCACAGUGGCCCCUAGCCCAUACCGGUCCCCUAUUGUUAUACCUGUUAUAUUGGGGAGUUUACUUGGUGUGAGUAUCAUUAUAUUAGGAGUCCUGGUGAAGUAUCUCAAUCACUACAAGAAAGCUGCCUGGAAGUUUCCCUCGGAGUCUCAUGAUGCUGUGUAUGAGGAGAUUGACAGCAAACUGAUUAAAGGGUCGCAGCGAUCAGUAUUCACCUCUGAUGUGACUUUUAAAAACCUGGAAUAUUACACAAGUCCCAUGGAGGAGCAAUAUGAUGAUAUAUCACAGAAAGAGACAGAAAUUGAUGAGUCCCCACCACGUGAUUAUCACAGUACUGACCUAUCUGGUACAAUGGACUUACCUGCAGACUUAGGAGCUAAUGGGUUAUUUCCCCCGUAUGGUUAUGAUGAUGUGGAAAACUCUAUUGAGAAUAAAAUGACCCUGACACUUGAUAUUGAAGGGAAAGAACAUGAUGAGCUCCCACCUCCUGAUUAUGACAUCACUGACCUACCAGUGUUAAUUUCGUUGACGAAAAUAUUUUCGUCAAAUGUUUUCGUCAGCGGCCGUUUUUAG